AUGGGAGAGAUUCAAGAGCUGACACGAAAAUGCCCUCCAAACAUGUUCAAUGAACGGGUGCAACUGCACAUCUUCUAUGAGGGGCUAUCAUAUGAGUCAAAGAAGGCUUUAGAUCACUCCUCUGGAGGCUCUCUCAAUAAGAAGAAGACAAUUGAAGAGGCCAUAGAUGUCAUAGAAACUAUGGCCAACAAUGACUAUUUCUAUGCCUCUGAUAGAACUCAAAAAAGAGGAGUGAUGGAGCUCAAUUCCAUGGAUGCUCUGCUGGCACAAAACAAGGUAAUCACAGCUCAAUUAGCAGCCCUAACCAAGCAGAUGGAGAAGAACCAAGUCUCAUCUAUUCAAGCUCAAGCACGUCCACAAGAAGAAGACACCCCAAAAGAUGAAUGUGAUGGGAGCAAGCCAACUAUAGGGGAAUGCAAGGCCAUCACACUAAGGAGUGGGAAGGUUGUGGAGGAGACAUCCUCAAGUCAGAACAAGCAAGAAGAAGAAGCUGCAAGUGACCCAGAAACCAAGAAGGAGGAAGAGACACCUGAGCCACCCACACCAAAGCAAGUCCUAAAGCCAUAUGUACCUAAAGCACCAUACCCACAAAGGCUAAGGAAAGAUGGGAAGGACAACCAGUUUUCUAGAUUCUUGGAGAUCUUUAAGAAGCUUCAAAUCAACAUACCUUUUGCUGAGGCACUAGAAAAAAUGCCACUCUAUGCCAAGUUUCUAAAGGAACUCAUGACAAGAAAAAGAAGCUGGGGAGAGAAAGAAACUGUAGUGCUCAUAGAGGAAUGUAGUGCCAUCAUACAAAAGAAGCUUCCCCAAAAGUUGAAAGAUCCUGGGAGCUUCCAAAUUCCCUACAUCAUAGGAGAUAUAAGCAUUGAGAAGGCAUUGUGUGAUUUGGGAGCUAGCAUUAACCUCAUGUCCUUGGCUAUGAUGAAAAGAAUGAGAAUUGAAGAGGCCAAACCAACAAGAAUGGCUCUUCAAUUAGCUGAUAGGACAUUCAAAUUCUCCCAUGGUGUAGUAGAAGAUUUGUUGGUGAAAGUGGGAGAGUUUAUCUUCCCAGUUGACUUUAUUAUGCUUGAUAUGGAGGAAGAGGCUAACACAUCAAUUAUCUUGGGAAGACCAUUCUUAGCUACUGCUGGAGCUAUAAUUAAUGUACAAAAGGGAGAGCUAGUCUUGAGACUGCAUGAAGAGAAAAUGGUAUUCAAUAUUUUCAAGGCAAUGAGCUAUCCAAAGGAGUCCAUUGGUUAA